UGCUGUGGCAAAAGCACGAGAACAGAUAAAAGUGAAACCUUGUCCAAUAGAGACUUAGGGUAUAUAAUCCUGUAAGUCAGUUGUUGUAUUUAUAAAUUAAAACGUCACAGUUUUCUAACGAGAUCAUCAAGAAGCUGGAGAUGGAUUCGUACGAAAGUGUUCUUUUGGUCAAGAAUGAAGUGUUCGUUUUCAAGAUCCCACCGCUUACAACGAAUCGAGGCCAUAAAGCCGCCGAUUGGAAUUUGGCAGACCCUCAAUGGACUGGAAGGAUGCGCCUAGUCGCCAAAGACAAAGAGUGUUUUAUCAAACUUGAGGACAAAGCAUCUGGAGAACUUUUCGCGAAGUGUCCAAUCGACAAGUAUCCAGGAGUGGCUAUAGAACCCGUGUCCGACUCGUCUCGUUAUUUCGUCCUCAGAAUCCAGGAUGACAACGGAAGAUCUGCUUUUAUCGGUGUUGGAUUUUCUGAUCGCUCAGACAGUUUUGAUUUGAAUGUUGCUCUGCAGGAUCAUUUUAAUUGGUUGAAGAAGUCAGAAGAAAUUGAAAAAGAGAAAGACGUACCUAAACCUGAACUUGAUUUAAGAUUUAAGGAAGGUGAAACAAUUAAAAUAAAUAUGAAAAUAACGAAAAAAGACGGCUCGGAGAGUACAAGUAAGCCAAAAGCUCGAGUCGGAGGAUCCGGUCUCCUCCCGCCGCCUCCAGGCGGAGUGAAAAUCGCGCCACCUCCAGCCCCGUCAGUCAACUCUUCCCCAUCUCAUGGUGUACCGAGCACCAAGCCUGAAUCAUGGGGAGAUUUUGCUUCUGCUACUAAUUCUGGGGAAGCAACUACACCAAAUAAUCCCAACUGGGUGCAGUUUUAAUGGUUCAAAAGGAUUGUUUAUCGUUGAAUAGACUGUUAUAUAUAUUGUUUAAUUCCCAAUUAUUUGUUAAUAAUAAUUUUUGUGUGAUAACUAAGAGACGUUAUUAUUUGGAAUUAAUAAUUAAUUGAAUUUUAUAUUAUUCAUCAGAGGCAAAUUAUCAUUCAUUUAAACACUUGUUUAUUUUUAUAUCAAAAUGUAUUAUUUAUUGCAGAAAAAAAAUUAUACUUUUAUACAAAUUAUUAUUAUUACGAUUAUUUAUCACACAAGUUGUAAAGUAAUUAAUUACUUAAUAUAUUUUUUUAUAUAUUAAACUGUUAAAUCACUAUUUUCUAAAAAUAGUGCCCUGCAUCUGUAGUGUAAAAAUGAUCGCUACUUUUAAAGUAAUUGGUAUAAAUUUGUUAUUGUAUUAAAGCAAGAAGAAAAUUGAGACUUCUUUGAAUAGUAAUAUGUGUAAAUUUUGUGAUAAUCUCUUCAUUUUAUAUGGAAAGUAAGAAAAAAAAACUUGUUGCAAUUGUGGAUUUAAAUUUGUACGUAUAUGCGUGUGUACAGUUCUACACAUUUCAAUAAUUAUAUUUGUAUAUUAGGACAGAUUAUUUUGUAUUGUUUUCUAUUUCAUUAAAACAAAUGUUUACGUACAAACAACUACUCGAAUAUGUUUGUCUUACAAUCAUAGUUUAUUUAAACGUUUUAACAUACCAAAGAAAAAUUGUUUGAGUAAACUUGUAGGUGAUAUGUAAAAUGAAACUAUUUUAUAAUGGUAUAAUCUCAAAUGUAUUCCUUGAUUAGAAUUGUAAAAUCAUUCCAGGAUAUUGAAAUUAUUGAUCUAUAUAAUUUAUUACCACUAUUGAAGAAAAUAAUAAAAACUAGUUUAACACAAA